AUGGACGACAAAUGGGUGCACAACGAAACCAACACCGCCUACAUUUCGCGACGGAACCUUCUCUCCACGAAUGACGAGUGUACCGUCAUUCAUCUGUCGUACGUCGCUCCUUCUGCAAUUGGUCUCCUGCAGAGCAAUCACAGUGAACAGCAAUUGGACUGCGCUUUGGACCUAAUGAGGCGGUUGCCACCGCAGCAGUGCGAAAAGAAUCUGAUUGAUUUGAUCGACCUUUGUCCUGGACUCUGUGAUGAUUUAUUAGGAACCGUUGACCAACCGCUAAAGGUUGCAAAAGACAAGGAAACCGGCAAGGAAUAUCUUCUUUGCGAUUACAGCAGGGACGGAGACAGCUAUCGAUCGCCAUGGACAAAUACCUAUGAUCCUCCCACUGAGGAUGCUCAACUCCCUUCAGAGAAGUUACGUAAAUUGGAAAUUGAAGCCAAUGCAGCUUUUGAGAGUUAUAGAGAUAUGUAUUUCGAAGGAGGUAUCUCAUCUGUCUAUUUCUGGGACUUGGACCAUGGGUUUGCUGGUGUAGUGCUUAUUAAAAAGACUGGUGAUGGAACCAAGGCGACCCAAGGAUGCUGGGAUUCUAUACAUGUCAUAGAGAUUAAUGAAAGAUCUUCUCGCCAAGUUCACUACAAACUAACGAGUACCAUUAUGUUAUGGCUCCAAACAAACAAACCAACAAGUGGAAUGAUGAAUCUUGGAGGGUCGUUGACAAGACAGGUUGAACAAGAUUCUCCCGUGAACGAGCAGAAUACUCAUCUCGUUAAUAUAGGGAGAAUGAUUGAGGAUCAAGAGUCGAAAAUGCGCUCAACAAUCAACGAGAUAUAUUUCGGCAAAACCAAGAAGGUCAUCGGGGAUCUUCGUUCUGCCGAAACUCCUGCAGAAAAAGAAAAACAAGAAGAGAUUGUUCGUGAAAUCCGUACCGCUGUUGCCGGUCGUAACAGUGCCGCAUAA